CAAGCCCAUGUGGAGGGGUGAGGUCCCUCAAACCUUUAGGGGGCCUGAAGCAGCAACUCUUUAGAAGAGCAGGAUCCCUGAAAAUCUACUCUUGACCACGGCUGUGACUACUACCAUUCUUGGGACCCUCACCAUGAAAGGCCUUCUUCUGCUCACCCUGUCUGCUCUGCUCUGCUGGGUCUCAGCUGAUAUCCGCUGUCACUCCUGCUACAAAGUCCCUGUGCUGGGCUGCGUGGACCGGCAGUCCUGCCGUCUGGAGCCAGGACACCAGUGCCUAACAACAAAUGUGUACCUCGGGAAGAUGUGGGUUUUCUCCAACCUGCGCUGUGGCACACCAGAAGAGCCCUGUCGGGAGGCCUUCAACCAAACCAACCACAAGCUGGGCCUGAACUAUAAUACCACCUGCUGCAGCAAAGACAACUGCAAUAGCCCAGCCCCCCGGCCCACGCCCACCCUGACCCUGGUUUUCCUCACUUCCUUGGCUGGCCUUGGCCUCUGGCUGCUGCACUGAGGCUCACUCUGUGGCUGUCCUUCCUCCCCACCUGCCUUAGCCAGAGCCUCUCUCCUUAUGACUCCCCAUCUCCUGGUUUCCCAGAAUGAUCUCUCUCUGGCUCCC